AGAACCAGAGGAGAGGGGAGGGAGGGCUUGAAAACGCCCUAGUGCCUUCUAACACCCCCCUCCUUCCUAAAAUAAAACAUUCAAAAGAUUAUCAUUAGAGGAACCAUGGCGCCUGGAGUUGGAUUGUCCGAGUUUUCACGUCCAAAGUUCAAAGAAGUUUGAGGAGCUCCGGUUUGGAUUGAUCAGAUUUAUUCAGGACUUGUUGUUUGGGGGGGAAGAGAUACAGAGAUACAGAGGAAAAAAGAUCCUUGUCUCUAGGCCAAAGAGCAGCUAAGUUGUUUUUUUUUAAUGCAGACUUGAAGCAGGACAGACGGAUCCCGGCUGAAGGAUCUAAUAACAUUAUCAGAUCUGCUGUAGGAUAUGUUCUAACCAUGUCGCUGGGAGCGGAAAGCAGGAUGGAGAAGCGGUUAAAGAAACUGGAGGCCAUGAUCAGAGACCCGCGCUCUGCUAUCAACCUGGAAAGUUUGCUGGACUCUAUGAAUGCACUGGUUUUAGAUCUGAACUUCCCUGCAUUACGCAAGAACAAGAACAUCGAAACCUUCCUGAACAGAUAUGAGACAGUAAUGGGUGAAGUCAGGGAUUUGCAGAUGAAGCCAGAAGAUUUUGACAAAGUGAAGGUGAUUGGCAGAGGAGCGUUUGGAGAAGUGCAACUGGUGAGACACAGGGCAUCUCAGAAGGUGUACGCGAUGAAGUUAUUGAGCAAGUUUGAGAUGAUUAAGCGCUCAGACUCAGCUUUCUUCUGGGAGGAGAGAGACAUCAUGGCCUUCGCCCACAGUCCCUGGGUCGUACAGCUGUGCUGUGCGUUUCAGGACGACCGCUUCCUCUACAUGGUAAUGGAGUACAUGCCAGGUGGAGACCUGGUGAACCUCACCAGUACGUACGACGUUCCUGAAAAAUGGGCCAAAUUCUACACGUCCGAAGUGGUCAUGGCUUUAGACGCCAUCCACUCUAUGGGCUUCAUCCACCGUGAUGUCAAACCUGACAACAUGCUGCUCGACCGCAAUGGCCACCUCAAACUCGCCGACUUCGGCACCUGCAUGAAGAUGGACUCGACGGGCAUGGUGCACUGUGACACGGCGGUUGGUACUCCUGAUUACAUCUCUCCCGAGGUGCUGAAAUCACAGGGCGGGGACGGGUACUACGGGCGCGAGUGUGACUGGUGGUCUGUGGGAGUGUUUAUCUUCGAGAUGCUCGUAGGUGACACCCCGUUCUAUGCUGACUCUCUGGUUGGUACCUACAGUAAGAUCAUGGACCACAAGAAUUCACUCAACUUCCCUGAUGAUGUUGAGAUCUCCAAAGAGGCCAAAAGUAUCAUCUGUGCAUUUCUUACUGACAGGGAGGUACGUUUAGGGCGGAAUGGCGUAGAGGAAAUAAAAAAACACCCCUUUUUCAAAAAUGACCAGUGGACCUUUGAUACCAUCCGAGACACUGUGGCUCCCGUUGUACCAGAGCUGAGCAGUGACAUUGAUACAAGUAAUUUUGAUGAAAUCGAGGACGAUAAGGGUGAUGUGGAGACGUUUCCACUGCCUAAAGCUUUCGUUGGAAACCAGCUACCCUUCGUUGGCUUCACUUAUUUCAAAGAGGACCAGUUGCUGAUUGCUUCCAAUAGUUCUGCACAGAGUACCACAUCCACCAAGGGCGAGGACAGUGCUGAGCUUCAGAAGAAGUUACACUGUCUGGAGGAACAGCUGAAUAAUGAAAUGCAGGCUAAAGAUGAUAUAGAACACAAGUACAGAACCAGCAGUGCCCGACUCGACAAGAUCACCAAAGAGCUGGAGGAAGAGAUGAACAGUAGGAAAGCUCUGGAAUCAUCCCUCAGACAGUUGGAACGAGAGAAAGCUCUGCUGCAGCACAAGAGUGUGGAAAGUCACCGGAAAGCCGAGAACGAAGCAGAUCGAAAACGCUGCCUCGAAAAUGAAGUGAACAGUUUGAGGGAUCAGCUGGAGGAGAUGAAAAAGAGAAACCAGAACUCACACAUUUCCAAUGAGAAGAACAUCCACCUUCAGAGACAGCUAGAUGAAGCGAACACUCUGCUCCGAGCUGAAUCAGAAGCAGCGAACAGGUUGAGGAAGUCCCAGACGGACAGCAGUAAACAGCUGCAGCAGUUAGAAGCUCAUGUACGGGAGCUGCAGGAUAAAUGCUGUGUACUGGAGAACAGUAAACUCACGCUGGAGAAAGAAAACAUCAACCUGCAAGCAGCACUCGAUACCGAGAAACGAGAGCACGCCCAUCGGUCUGAAACCAUCAAUGACCUGCAGGCGCGUCUCUCUGGUCUGGAGGACGAGGUGAAGCAGGGCAGACUUGCUCUGUCCAAAGCUGAAGCCGAAAAGAGAAAACUACAGGACAAACUCACCGACUUGGAGAAGGAGAAGAGCAACCAUGAGAUUGACAUGACAUAUAAGCUGAAGGUGCUGCAGCAGAGUUUGGAACAGGAGGAAGCUUCUCAUAAAGCUACAAAAACUCGCCUCGCUGAUAAAAACAAGAUCAGCGAAUCCAUCGAGGGAGCCAAGAGUGAAGCAGUGAAGGACCUGGAGCAGAAGCUGCAGUCGGAACACAGUAUGAAGAUGCAGGUGGAGAACCGGUUGCUGGAGCUGGAGAAACACAACUCCAUGCUGGACUGUGACUACAAACAAGCUCUGCAGAAACUUGAGGAACUGCGACGACACAAGGAUCACCUGACUGAAGAGGUGAAGAACCUGUCUCUGAAGAUCGAGCAGGAGAUGCAGAAGCGCUCUCUGACCCAGAACGACCUGAAGGUUCAGAACCAGCAGCUCAGCACUUUAAAAACAUCGGAGAAACAGCUCAAACAGGAAAUCAAUCAUCUGUUGGAUAUCAAGCGCACCCUGGAGAAACAGAACAUGGAGCUACGCAAGGAACGACAGGACUCAGAUGGUCAGAUGAAGGAGCUGCAGGACCAGCUGGAGGCUGAGCAGUAUUUCUCAACACUUUAUAAGACUCAGGUGAGGGAGUUAAAGGAGGAGUGUGAGGAGAGGAACAAGCUUUAUAAAGACAUGCAGCAGAACCUGCAGGAGCUACAGGAGGAGAGGGAUUCUCUGGCCGCUCAGUUGGAGAUCACCUUGACGAAAGCAGAUUCAGAGCAGCUAGCACGUUCGAUAGCGGAGGAGCAGUACUCUGAUCUGGAAAAGGAGAAGAUCAUGAAGGAGCUGGAGAUUAAAGAGAUGAUGGCCAGACACAGACAGGAACUCUCAGAUAAGGACACCACCAUCAGCUUGUUGGAGGAAGCUAACCGCACACUAACCAGUGAUGUAGCAAACCUGGCUAACGAGAAGGAGGAGCUCAACAACAAGCUGAAGGAGGCACUGGAUGACUUUAGGAAGCUGAAGGAUGAGGAACAGUCCAUCUCACAGAUGAAACUGGCUUAUGAAAAGCAACUCCAGUCAGAGCGAACCCUCAAAACUCAGGCUGUGAACAAGCUGGCUGAGAUCAUGAACAGGAAGGAUCUGAGCCGCAACGGCAGUCGUCGUGGAAAUGACACUGAUGUAAAGAGGAAGGAGAAGGAGAACAGGAAGUUGCAGCUGGAGCUACGAUCAGAACGGGAGAAGCUCAACAGCACCAUCAUCAAAUACCAACGAGAAAUCAACGAAAUGCAGGCGCAACUAGCGGAUGAGUCGGUGAUGAGAGUAGAGCUGCAGAUGGCUUUGGACAGUAAAGACAGUGAUAUUGAGCAGCUCCGUGGCCUCCUCAACUCCCUCAACGUUCACUCCCUUGAUUCAGCCAGCAUGAGCAGCGGCCCCGACUUCGAAACCGACGAAUCGCUACCAGAAACCAGAUUAGAGGGCUGGCUGUCACUUCCUGUGAGGAACAACACCAAACGUUUUGGCUGGGAGAGAAAGUAUGUGGUGGUGAGCAGUAAGAAGAUCCUGUUCUACAACAGUGAGCAGGAUAAAGAACACUCCAACCCGUACAUGGUGUUAGACAUAGAUAAACUCUUCCACGUUCGCUCCGUCACGCAGACGGAUGUGUACCGUGCAGACGCUAAAGAGAUUCCCCGGAUAUUCCAGAUCCUUUAUGCGAACGAGGGUGAGAGUAAAAAGGAACAGGAAGUAGAGCCUUUGCCUAUUGGUGAGAAGUCCAGCUACAUCUGCCAUAAGGGACAUGAGUUCAUUCCCACGCUGUACCACUUUCCCACCACUUGUGAAGCCUGCACCAAACCUCUGUGGAACAUGUUCAAGCCUCCUCCGGCCCUUGAGUGCCGCCGCUGCCACAUCAAGUGCCACAAAGACCAUAUGGACAAAAAAGAGGAGGUCAUUGCGCCGUGUAAAGUGAACUACGACGUGUCCACGGCCAAGAACCUGCUGCUGCUGGCCACGUCUCAGGAGGAACAGCAGAAGUGGGUUAGCAGACUUGUUAAGAAGAUCCCUAAAAAGCCCCCAGGCCCCGAGUGGAGCCACCGUUCGUCCCCUCGCGUUCCCACAAAAGUCCAGGCCAGUCAGAGUCUGAGGAGAGCCAGCCGCCAGUUACAAACCGGGAAAACCAGGAUUGUGCAAAACUCAGCGGAUCCCACAGCGCCCCCUCCAGGCAGGGAGAAAUUCAUCUUCCACAAAGGUCAUGUGUUUUUGCCCAUUCUCUACCACUUCCCCACCACAUGUGAAGCCUGCGCUAAACCCCUAUGGAACAUGAUCAAACCUCCCUUGGCACUGGAGUGCCAACGGUGCCAGAUCAAGUGCCACAAAGAACACAUGGACAGGAAAGAGGAGGUUCUCAUGGCAUGUAACCCGGCCAAAUUCAACCCCGAGUUGGCCACUGGGUAA